CCGAAGCUUCCUCCUUCUUUGCGGGGAAAGAAGCGGCGGCGGCGGCGGCUGAAAUGAGGACCGGAGUCCGGCUGUGAUGAGCGAGGCGGCGGACCGACCCGUGACCCCGCUGCCCGCCGCGGAGCUGCUGUCCUGCAGGGACCCCGGGGGGAAUCGCUCGACGUGAGUGUGGAGGAAGAUGCAGGCAGAGCAAGAGGCCCUUUUCACUUCUACAGGCCGAUGCAUUGUGGUCAUUUUGCAUUCAGCUCAUGUCUCGAGCGAUGCGUUUGAAUUAGAGAGCGUUGAGUUCUGAUAGAUGGCACGGAAAAGGAAAACAACAACAAAGUUAAAACUGUUUUGCAGAUGGUCUGCUUUGGUUAUUUAAAGCUGUGCUUAAGAUGUUUGUGUGUGUGUGUGUGUGUGUGUGUGUGUCUUUUUAUGGGGCCCUCUAGAGCCCAGUAUUUUUUAAAUCCAAGCACGCCAGUCAACAUGAGGCAGAUUUCUCAGCCUGAUGUUAAAUGGAAACAACAUCAAGGUGUGAGAUCAACACAGGACAGAGGGGCCGAGGUGGACCAUGGGGUCCAGGGCAGACAGAGGAGGGGUGCACGCUCUCCUGCAGACCUCCAGCCCUGUGUGGAACCAGAGUCUGAACCCUCAGACAGAAGGAAGAAAGCAGCCAGCAUGAGGUUGAAACCUGUGGAGCAGCUUUCCCCGGUGCUCAACCUGAGCGACUUUGAAACCAAGGUGGAGAGGAAGAAAUCGCAGCCCAACCAGUUAUCAAAGACAAACGCUCAGUAUCACAAGUUAUUCAAGGAAGUCGACAGAGACGAGUUACUCAAACAAAGUUACACGUGCGCGCUGCAGAGAGAUAUUUUAUACCAGGGCAAAAUGUUCGUCUCCGACAACUGGAUCUGCUUCCACUCCAAAGUCUUCGGCAGAGACACAAAGAUCUCCAUCCCAGUCAUGUCCGUGACGUUCAUCAAGAAAACUAAAACUGCCCUCCUGGUGCCAAACGCACUGGUGAUCGAAACCACACACCAUCAGCACGUGUUUGUUUCCUUCCUUUCUCGAAACACGACCUUCAAACUGCUGAAAUCCAUCUGCCUUCAUCUGGAGGUGGAUAAGACCUGCAGCAGCCCCGUGACUUCCUCCUGUGAGAACAGCUUCAGAGUCGCCGGCCCCGCGUCGCUUCCUCUGGACUUUUCCGGAGACUUCUCGGACCUGGACGGGGUCGUGCAGCAGAGGCGGCAGGACAUGAUGGAGAGCAGCAGCUCCGGGUCCCAGACGCCAGAUUACGACAAAAUAACAGACUUCGGCGGCCUCCCGGACACGUUCCUGAGCGCCGUGAAGAGCGGGGAGGUCUCGGUCCAUGCGGACGUUCACCUGCAGACGCCGGGGCAAAAACACGGCGCUGCGCUCAAGAACGGCCCGACCAAACCGUCCCGAGGAGUGUCAGCGAAGGACAAACCCCCGCAGGCCGGGUCGCUGCACGCCGUGCUCAUCAUCUACCUGUUCCUAGUCAGCAUUCUGGUCCUGUCCUCGUGUUACAUGGCCUUUAAGAUCGUGGCUCUGGAGCAUCGUUUGAACUCCUUGGUGUCAGUGGGGGAGCACGUUCGCAAUGAAAACACCGGAAGUCAAAAGAUGCUGGAUGAAGUGAAUGCUGAGAUCUACGGAGAACUUUCAUCCAACCUGUUCAAGCUAGAAAAGAUUCAAAGAAACCUGCGGAAGCUGCUGGAGGAGACGUGAACUGGAGCGUGAGGACAGAAGCUUCACUGUUCAUUAGAAAAUGCUGGGUUUUAUUUAGCUCUGCAGAUCAGCACAGAUCAGAUUUUACUCGUUGCUGUUUUCCAAAGCCCGAACACUCGAAAAUCUGCGGGAAACACAGAAACUUUGUGGAUUUCAAUCGUGCAAUAAGAGUUUGGUUUUUUUUUUUCCACUCAGGACUCUUUUAAAAGAAUUGAAAAGCUGUAUGAGUGUGUGUGUGUGUGUGUGUGUGUGUGUGUGAGUGUGCGUGAGUGUGCCGGCUGUAUCGUUAGAGGAGCAAAUAUGUUGUAUUUAUCUUAAGAGCUUUUAUUUUGCAUUUCACAAUCGUGGGAUCUUUUAUAAAAGGAAUAUGAUGCCAGGUCUAUUUCAGUGUUCAAACAUUUCUCAAAAGGUCAAAUAGAGCCGCUCAAUUGCUCUUUGUCAGCUUUAAAAGUGCCAUUAAUUUAUGUUGCGUCUAUAUUUAUCUUGUGCGUGGAGACCGCUAACAUAGGGAUGAUUGUAGAAAACAAAAUGUCUGUGUUUGUUGUUCGAUUUCUAAAGGUAAAAAUCCACAGUUCAUUUCAGGUCGUUUCACAUUUCAUAAAACAAAAAAGUUAAAUUAAUUUCUUUUUCAGUUACAAAUGUGGGUUUUUAUAAAGUGAAACACUUUUAAUGAAAAAUCAAAAUUUGAAACCACAUAAAAUAAGUUUUAUCUGCUGUGAUCAUUGAAAAGUCUUUUUUUACAGCUUUCUUUUCUUUCCGUUUUCAGUUGAAUGACGUUUGUCUUGAGUGUUUGAGGAGAAGUAACUUUGAGAGCUUGUGUUUAACCCUCCUGGUUUACAUUUCCAUCACACACUGUGCCUUAAAUCUUUCUUCAGAUUUGUUUUACAAACCUGAAAAUAAAUAUUUCUCCUACAG